AGAGCAUUUCAUCCACACUGCAGACAAUUCCACCUCCACUGAUUGCAUUGCAUAGGAUAAAACAGAAUACUAGUCCCUGAUAUUUUCCACCAAGCAAAGCAACAACACUUGCGGUGGCAGCCAAUCACAGAGCUUCUCUCAUGCACUGCAGCCCUGAAUGCUGCUCAGAGCCGAGCAGGAACUGGCUGAGCCCUCUUGCUGGGUGGCCGGGUGAUGUGCUGCAGGCAGGGCUAAAUCUCCGGUGCACUGACUGAGCCCGCUGCAUAGGCACAGGCUGGAGGAGAGAUCGGAAGACAGAAGUGGAGACUUGUGAGCGAUGGAAUCCAUCACUAUGAUGGGAAGUCCAAAGAACAUGAACGAAACCUUCUUACCAAACGGAGCCAACGGUUUCAAAGAAGAGAGAACCACCAUAGGGAUACUUGGAAGCGGAGACUUUGCCAAAUCCUUGACCAUUCGGCUCAUAAGAUGCGGUUACCAUGUGGUGAUCGGAAGCCGGGAACCGAAAUGCGUUGCCGACUUUUUUCCCCACGUGGUGGAUGUCACGCACCACGAGGACGCCAUUAUAAAGUCAAACAUCAUAUUUGUGGCAAUACACAGAGAACAUUAUUCCUCCUUGUGGGACGUGAAGCAUUUGCUCAGUGGGAAAAUACUGGUGGACGUCAGCAAUAACAUGAGAGUAGAUCAGUACCCGGAAUCCAAUGCAGAGUAUUUGUCUUCACUCUUCCCAGACUGUUAUGUGGUGAAGGGGUUUAAUGUGGUUUCGGCGUGGGCACUGCAGUCAGGUCCGAAAGAUGCCAGCAGCCAAGUAUAUAUUUGCAGCAAUAAUGUUCAAGCUCGUCAUCAAGUGAUUGAACUUGCUCGCCAGAUGAACUUCAUGCCGAUUGACAUGGGUACCUUAUCGUCAUCCAGAGAGAUAGAGAACUUGCCUCUGCGCCUCUUCACGCCGUGGAAGGGCCCCGUGGUGUUGGCCAUCAGCCUCGCAACUUUCUUUUUCAUUUACUCUUUCAUAAGGGACAUUAUUCAUCCAUAUUUCAAAAAUCAGCAGAGUGACUUCUACAAGAUUCCCAUUGAGAUUGUCAACAAGACUUUGCCCAUUGUCGCUAUCACUCUGCUGUCUUUGGUUUACUUAGCCGGGCUCCUGGCAGCAGCUCACCAGCUGUAUUAUGGCACAAAGUACAAGCGCUUUCCUCUGUGGCUGGAGAACUGGCUGCAGUGUAGAAAACAGCUGGGGCUCCUGAGCUUCUUCUUUGCAGCCGUCCACGUUGUAUACAGCAUGUGCCUGCCGAUGAGACGGUCAGAGCGCUACUUGUUUCUGAACUCUGCUUAUCAACAGGUCCAUGGGAACGUUGAUAAUUCCUGGAAUGAGGAAGAAGUGUGGAGGGUAGAAAUGUAUAUCUCCUUUGGUAUAAUGAGCCUCGGACUGCUCUCCUUGCUGGCCGUAACUUCAAUCCCGUCUGUCAAUAACGCUUUAAACUGGAGGGAGUUCAGCUUCAUCCAGUCUACGCUUGGGUAUGUCGCUUUGCUGAUCAGCGCGUUCCAUGUUUUAAUAUACGGCUGGAAGAGGGCCUUCGAAGAAGAGUAUUACCGGUUUUACACUCCGCCAAACUUUGUGUUAGCCCUGGUCCUCCCCACAACGGUCAUCCUGGGAAAGAUUGUGCUGCUCUGCCCAUGUGUCAGCAAAAAGCUACGACGGAUCAAAAGAGGUUGGGAGAAAAGCCACUUCAAGGACAAUACAAACAGCACAGCCGCACACGUCUCCCCCGAGAGAGUCACAGUGAUGUAGUGGGAGCUGUCAUUCCUGGGGUCUUUUGUCAGUAUGUCAUUUAGUGGUCUUGCCAGCAGGAGGCGCAGAGAGCUCAUGGCAGCAAAUGGAUGGGAAGCAUAAAAAAAAAAAUGUUGGUUGUUUUUUAGCCUUUUUCCGUAUGAACCAUAUUUAAAGUGUGGGUGUGACCUACAGGCAGCCAUUCUACUUGCUGAACCAAUAUUAAUGAGCAUGCAGCCUAUCAAUUCAAUAGAAACUAGUGACAUCACAGAGGAGGUAUCAAUGAUGUCACUAAUUCCUAGUACCUGUAAAGUGAUGUAAUUAGUUAUUUUUGGGGUUUUCCUGUAUCUGUAAAUUCUAGUCACUAUGGGGGUCAUUCCGAGUUGAUCGCUCGCUAGCAACUUUUUGCAGCGCUGCGAUCAGAUAGUCGCCGCCUAUAGGGGAGUGUUUUUUCGCUUUGCAAGUGUGCGAACGCUUUUGCAGCCGACGGCACAAAAAAGUUUGUGCAGUUUCUGAGUAGCUCUGGACUUACUCAGCCGCUGCGAUCACUUCAGACUUUUUGGUCCCGGAAUUGACAUCAGACGCCCGCCCUGCAAACGCUUGGACACGCUUGCGUUUUUCCAAACACUCCCAGAAAACGGUCAGUUGACACCCAUAAACGCCCUCUUUCUAUCAAUCACCCUGCGAUCGGCUGUGCGAAUGGAUUCUUUGUUAAAUCCAUCGCCCAGCACCGAUCCUCUUUCUACCCGUACGACGCGCCUGCGCAUUGCGGUGCAUACGCAUGCACAGUUUUGUCGAGUUUUAACCUGAUCGCAGCGCUGCAAAAAGUUGCUAACGAGCGAUCAACUCGGAAUUACCCCCUAAGUGCGCAAAAUUCCUCAAUUUUGCCUUUUGAAGAUAAUAUGAGGUUGGCUGCAUGCUUAUAAAUAUGGUUCAGUGACAUCACUAUUCCAUAAUGAAUAGAGAGGAUGCAUAUUCAUACAUAUAGGUUCAGCCCACAGGACGGCCGCCUCCGCUGUAGUGAUGCAAUCGGUGCACCUUAAAUCUUACAUCAUAGCAAAGUGUACACGAAAAACCCGUCAGCCAGGAGGACACUUAUUAUAUGCACAAGUCAAGAAUUUUAUAGACUACAGAAGAGAUAAAUGGUACGUUGAGUUAGAAGACUGGAGAGGAAACGUUAACAGAGCUGCACUACUGUAUUGUAUAACAGUCUGCUACUAUAAAGCCAAGAUAUCGUUGUCGGGGAAAUUCUGAUGUCAGCGAUGUAAUAACACAGGCCGGUGUGGAACUGCUUGUUAGCUGAGACUGCUCCCUCGUUUGGCAAUAACAUUCUAAUGAACUUGCAUUCUCCGGAAACCUGAGUGUUGCACUUCUCCAUGUAUUCGUGCAGUGUCAAUCCUCUUCUAUGGUGUUACAGGGAUUUCAGUAGCAGCGUGCGCUGUGUUUUGUAUUUGCCGUAAUCCAUCAGUACUUCAGCUUUCUAGUAAUAAUGGGUUUUUAUUUUUUUAUCGAGAUUUGUAUAUUUCAUUUUUAAAACAAAAACUGUUUAAAACAUAGAUCGAGAGCAUAAACGUUGUUAAUGAUGACGUGUGCUGUAUGUAUUAUGUGCGUGUACUUUUCACAAUAACACAUGGAUAUCCGUGUUGCUUGUGUUGCCAAUAAAUGCUAUUGCAGUUGUUGAAAAGAA